GAAACUCUUAAUGAGACUACCAAUUACGCGUAUAAAAUAGAGUCGAUUCCGAUUUAUUCGAAUUAGGAAAUAUACUAAUUCCCCAUAUGUUACUACCAGCACAUGAUUACAUGAUCGACAUUAUUGUUACAGCACAUACCUGUUACUGACUCACUUAAACCAACUCACAUCAAUCUCAUUCACACCAAAAACACCAACCAAGCAACAUCACCACUAGCCAUGCCUCCCACAAUCGUCCUCAUCCGCCACGCCCAAGCCCUCCACAACGAAACCCAAGACUACUCCAUCCCCGACCCCGGUCUCACCGACCACGGCAUCAAACAAUGCGGCCAGCUCCGCUACAACCUCUUCCAGCGCUUCUCCUCCUACGAGGGCCGCAUCGCCGUCAUCGCGAGCCCCAUGGUGCGCACGCUGCAGACGGCGAGUUUGGCCGCCGAUUGGCUCGUUGAGCGCGGUGUGAAGAUUGAGGCGGAUGCUGAUUGGCAGGAACUCUCGGCCAAGCCCUGCGACACCGGGUCUCCCCUCUCCCUCCUGCCCCUCAUCAAAGACAACCAGACCAAGCACCAAUUCUCAUCCCCCUGCUACGACUUCUCCGCCAUCCCAUCCGUCUGGCCCGACAAAACAGAAGACCCGGUAGCGAAAAGCCUCUUCGGGUACACCCGGACUGCAGUCCUACGUCGUGGCCGCCGCUGUCUCGAGAAAUUGAGCAAGAGACCCGAGGACUUAAUCUUUGUGUUUUCGCACUCGGCGUUUCUGAGGUCGGGUGUUUCUGGGUGGUGGUAUUAUAAUGCGGAUUACCGCAUUUUUACGUUGGAUGAGGGACUGGAGUUGAAGAUUGAUGAGUCGACGUUGGAGGGGGGAAUGGGGUGGUCGUGGAAUAAGAGGGCUGAGUUGGGUAGUGAGGUACCUGAGGAUGUGACGGAAGAGGAGAUUCAUGAGGACAAGAAUUGAGCAAGAUGGCUUUGGAUAGACUAGUUAGUGAUUUUCCUCAGCGUCAGAGCGAUCAAUACACAUGUCCAUAGUAAGUAGAUGAUGGGAUAGAUGUUA